AUGGCCAGGUCACUCCGCGACUAUUCCACCCCCGGUGUUGCCAACGUGCCCAUUGGGCCCGUAGUCAACACUGGGAAUGGAAACUUUGAGCUUCGCACUGGCCUACUCACGAUGGUGCAGGCAAACCAGUUUUGUGGUUUGCCAAGUGAGGACGUAAAUGCGUAUCUACAAAACUUCCUUGAGCUGUGCGAAACCAUCAUCAUCAAGGAUGUCGCACUUGAAAGCGUCAAGCUCCGCUUGUUUCCCUUCUCCCUUUCGGGGAAGGCGAAGCAAUGGUUCUACCAGAGCAAGGAAGCUGUCAACACGUGGGACAAAUGUUCCACGGCGUUCCUCGCGAAUUUUUUUCCCAUGAGCAAAACAAAUGCUCUGAGGGGAAAGAUAUCAAACUUCCAGCAGACUUCACUUGAAUCCAUUCCUGAGGCUUGGGAAAGGCUCCAAGAGUACAUCCGGGCCUGCCCCCACCAUGGGAUGGAAGAUUGGCUCGUGCUUCAAAAUUUGUACGAGGGGUUCACGCCCAUGUCUAAGGGGCACGUCGAUGCCGCUGCUGGAGGCGCAUUCCUCUCCUUGACCAUCGAGAAUGCUACGACAUUAAUUGAGAAGAUGGUAGCCAACCAGAGUUGGGGAGAGGGACGCAAAACACAAAAAGGCAUGCAUACCGUGAAGGAGACGGAUCUGCUUGCUGCAAAAAUAGACCUACUAAUGAAGAGAUUGGAUGGACAGGCCACUGAUCCUACCACCGGCACUGUCCAAGCCAUCGACUCACGCAUGAUGUGUGAGGAAUGUGGGAAUGUUGGCCACAUGGGGAUCAAUUGCCCUGGAACCCAGGAGGACACAUCGUUCAUCAACAACAGGUUACGCCAACAACAGCAAGGUAAUGGGUGGAACAACCAGAACCACCGCCAAGCUAAAGCUAUUGUUUCUCCUGAUUCUGUGGAAAAUGUAAAUGCGGUGACCAUGAGAGGGGGUAAGAUCACUCGUGAUCCCCCUCAUCCUAACCAUAAGAUAGGAAGGGCGCCACGACAACAGGAGGAAACACAGGCAGAAGGGCCGGCUCAACCAUCAGAAAAAUCCAUGGAAGACGAGCCGACCCCAAACAACUAUGGGGACACCAUGAUGCUACCCUUUCCCACAAGAGAAAGGAGGAAGAAGAAGGACGGAAAUGAACAGUUCCUCCGCUUCAUGGAAAUGGUCGAAAAGACGCACGUUAGUGUACCGUUGAUGGAUGUCUUGCAUAUUCCGUCCUACUAUAAGUUCAUCAAGGGCAUCAUCAACAAGAAGCGACCAUUGCUGUCCACUGAAGUUGUCAAGAUGACAAAAGAAUGUAGCACAGCUAUACUCAAUGAGCUGCCCGAGAAGAAGCUACGAAUAACCUGUAUGCAGAUUCUUUUGACAAGGAAGAUGAACCCAUUUGCUCUUUAG